CAUUCUCUCCCUGUCUUUACAUGAAAACAUAUGCAAACCAAAACGUAACCUAAACUUUUCUAACAAUGGUACUACCUGGUCGCUGAUACAGUGUUACUGCAUAUUAGCAUGCUUUUCUUAACGUGAGCUCGGGUUUGGAAAGAGUCUUACAGUCGAUUGAUAGCAGAGAAGGCAUCAAAGAAGGAAAAGAUCAAAGCACAUUAGAAGGGAGAUGGAGAGUUAUUUGCAUGAAAAUUUUGGAGGAGUGAAGUCCAAAAACACUACUGACGAAGCUCUUCAAAAAUGGAGGAAGGUAUGUGGGGUGGUAAAGAACCCCAAACGACGCUUUCGUUUCACUGCCAACAUCUCUAAACGUUACGAAGCAGCUGCAAUGCGUCGUACCAAUCAGGAGAAGCUAAGGGUUGCUGUUUUGGUUUCCAAAGCUGCAUUUCAAUUUAUCCAAGGUGUUCAACUAAGCGAUUAUGUUGUGCCUGAUGAAGUUAAAGCUGCUGGUUUCCAAAUCUGUGCGGAUGAAAUGGGGUCUAUUGUUGAAGGCCACGACGUAAAGAAGCUUAAGUUUCAUGGUGGAGUAAAUGGCAUUGCAGAAAAGCUCUCAACAUCAACCACCACGGGGCUUAGUGGUGAUUCUGAAUCACGGCGCAGGAGACAAGAGCUUUUUGGAGUCAAUAAAUUCACUGAAAGUGAAGUUCGGAGUUUCUGGGUUUUUGUUUUCGAAGCCGUACAAGACAUGACUCUCAUGAUCCUUGGGGCGUGUGCUUUUGUGUCUCUGAUAGUUGGCAUAUUAACGGAAGGAUGGCCCAAAGGUGCUCAUGAUGGCCUUGGAAUUGUUGCAAGUAUCUUACUAGUAGUCUUUGUGACAGCAACAAGUGAUUAUCGCCAAUCGUUGCAAUUCAAGGACUUAGACAAGGAGAAGAAAAAGAUUUCCAUUCAGGUUACAAGAAACGGUUACAGGCAGAAAAUGUCAAUAUAUAGUUUACUUCCCGGUGACAUUGUUCAUCUUGCCAUUGGAGACCAAGUUCCCGCGGAUGGCUUAUUUGUUUCAGGAUUUUCUGUGUUGAUUGAUGAGUCAAGUUUAACUGGUGAGAGUGAGCCAGUGAUGGUGACUUCCCAAAACCCUUUUCUUCUAUCUGGAACCAAGGUUCAAGAUGGUUCCUGCACCAUGUUGGUUACCACAGUCGGGAUGAGGACUCAAUGGGGCAAGUUGAUGGCAACUCUGAGUGAAGGAGGAGAUGAUGAAACCCCAUUGCAAGUUAAACUGAAUGGAGUAGCAACCAUUAUUGGGAAGAUAGGACUAUUCUUUGCAGUGGUUACCUUUGCAGUUUUGGUGAAAGGACUCAUGGGCCGCAAACUCAAAGAGGGAAGAUUCUGGUGGUGGUCAGCAGAUGAUGCAAUGGAGAUGUUGGAAUUCUUUGCCAUUGCGGUUACCAUUGUCGUUGUUGCUGUCCCAGAGGGGUUACCCCUAGCCGUGACAUUGAGCCUUGCAUUUGCAAUGAAAAAGAUGAUGAAUGACAAGGCCCUGGUGAGGCAUUUGGCAGCUUGUGAAACUAUGGGAUCAGCCACAACUAUAUGCAGUGACAAGACUGGGACAUUGACAACCAACCGCAUGACUGUGGUGAAAACAUGUAUUUGUAUGAAGGUCAAGGAGGUGAGUAAUAAUUCUAGUUUGUCCUCUGAACUCCCAGGCCCUGCUUUGAAAAUGUUGCUUCAGUCAAUAUUUAGUAACACUGGAGGAGAAGUUGUGGUUAACAAGAAAGGUAAGCGUGAGAUCUUGGGGACUCCAACAGAGUCAGCACUGUUGCAGUUUGGCUUAUCAUUGGGUGGGGAUUUUCAUGCAGAGAGACAAACAUGUAAGAUUGUUAAAGUUGAGCCAUUCAACUCUGAGAAGAAAAGAAUGGGUGUGGUUUUGGAGAUCCCUGGAGGAGCUUUAAGGGCUCAUUGUAAAGGUGCUUCCGAAAUAAUUCUGGCUGCUUGUGACAAGGUGAUAAACUCAGAGGGUGUUGUUGUCUCCAUCGAUGAAGAAUCGGGUAAUUAUCUCACGAGUACAAUCAACCAGUUUGCUGGUGAGGCACUAAGAACUCUCUGCCUUGCAUAUAUUGAAUUGGAAAAUGGGUUUUCAGAUCAAGACCCUAUUCCUGCAACUGGCUACACUUGUAUAGGAGUUGUUGGUAUCAAAGAUCCUGUUCGUCCUGGCGUUAAGGAAUCGGUUGAUGUGUGUCGAUCUGCUGGAAUAAUGGUGAGAAUGGUUACGGGAGACAAUAUAAAUACUGCAAAGGCCAUAGCCAGGGAAUGUGGGAUUUUAACAGAUGAUGGCAUAGCCAUUGAGGGUCCAGACUUCAGAGAGAAGACUCAGGAGGAAUUGUUUGAUCUAAUUCCCAAAAUUCAGGUUAUGGCUCGAUCAUCACCUCUAGACAAACAUACACUAGUGAAACACCUACGUACCACGUUCGGUGAAGUUGUAGCUGUAACUGGUGAUGGAACAAAUGAUGCCCCGGCCCUUCAUGAAGCUGACAUUGGACUUGCUAUGGGAAUUGCUGGAACUGAGGUUGCAAAAGAAAGUGCAGAUGUCAUUAUUUUGGAUGAUAAUUUCUCCACAAUAGUGACAGUAGCUAAAUGGGGGCGUUCAGUUUACAUAAAUAUUCAGAAAUUCGUACAGUUCCAGCUCACUGUAAAUGUGGUUGCAUUACUAGUGAACUUCACGUCAGCAUGCAUGACAGGCAGUGCACCCCUCACAGCUGUUCAACUUUUGUGGGUGAACAUGAUAAUGGACACGCUGGGAGCACUUGCACUUGCAACAGAACCCCCAACUGAUGAUUUGAUGAAGCGUGCACCAGUUGGGAGGAGAGGUGACUUCAUCAACAAUGUCAUGUGGAGGAAUAUCUUAGGACAAUCAUUGUAUCAGUUUGUGGUGAUAUGGUUUCUUCAGACAGUAGGUAAAUGGGUCUUUUUCAUCAGAGGCCCGAAUGCUGAAGUGGUUUUAAACACUCUUAUUUUCAACACAUUUGUAUUCUGUCAGGUUUUCAAUGAGGUAAAUUCACGUGAGAUGGAGGAAAUAGAUGUUUUUAAAGGCAUAUGGGAUAAUCAUGUGUUUAUAGGUGUCCUCGGUUGCACUGUUUUCUUUCAAAUCGUAAUAGUUGAGUACUUGGGAACCUUUGCCAACACAACACCUCUCAGUCUGGUACAAUGGAUCUUCUGCUUAGGGGUUGGAUAUGGAAGCAUGCCACUAGCAGUUCGCUUAAAGCAGAUCCCCGUCUGAACCAUGCAUGAAGGGAUAUCCAGUUUUCAAAACACAGCUUCAUAUUUGUUAUGUUACUGUGCUUCGAGGUUCCAUACUCUUGUACAGUCACUAAUAGGUCCGAUAUUGCUUGAGGUUUUCUUGAGUAGGAACCAGAGUUUGAUCAAAUAAAAGUAGAAAUGUGGAGUCUCGUGCCGUUAUAUAUAGUUAGUCUUGUAUAAGCGACUACCAAAGAACCUCUUAGCCAUGUUUUAUUUAGCACUCGUUGUUUAUUUUUCAAAGGCUAGUAGAAAUUUAGGCUAGAAAACCUGAACCCUU